ACCGAAGAGCAUCGUAGAAGACCCCCUUCAUACGACACAGGUAGUUGAAGAGGCUAAACAUCGGGCCGAGAACCGAAGAGGACUCUUGUCGAUCUUCCAAGAAGCUUGGUUAGAACGUCGACAGCAGUCCUUUAAGCAUAUGGAGGGUCGAAAAAACAAAGGGCUGAAGAAGAAGAGGUUGCAAGUCGGAGAUAGAGUCCUAUGGCUGAAGCCACGUAAGAAGAAGCUCAGUCCUUUGACAAACGAGAAGACUUAUCAAGUGAUUGAGAAGGUUGGUAAGCAGUGCUUCAGACUAGCACCGAUUGACGAGUCUAGCGAUGCUCCAAAGCGCUACGGCGAAGCUAAGAUGCCAGUAGUCCAUCACACAAACGACACAAGUGUAAAGAGCGACAACGAGAACGAAGACGAUCUAGGAAACGACGACCUCGAGAAUAUGAACGCCGACGAUGAUCUAACCAGACGGAAAGGUAUAGAAGACACCCAAGAUUUGAGUAGGCUCAACACAACACGUAAUGAGUCUAUUGACGAAGAUGCAGAAGAUGAU